AUGGAGCCCUUAAAAGCAGUUCAAGUCGAAGGUCACCUGAUGAACGCUGAACCCCGCGAACUCUUUGGCAAUCUCGAUGAAGUCUGCCUGGUGACCCACACCUUCUGCACCGAGUUCAUAGAGAUGCUUCUCAUGGAGGCCACGGAAACGGAAGUCGGACAAACAAUUGUCCUCCUGAAAGCGCUCAGCAGAUUCUGUCAGCUAACAAGAGAUGGCGAGGUGUAUCACGAAUACUGCCUCAACUACUCCAAAGCGAUCGUCUGCCUCGAACAACUGAGGAAAAGUGAGGACUUUGUGAGAUUCGAAAAGUGGUGCAUCCGAGACCCGCGUUGCCAUCGCCUGCACCUGACCGACCUGCUGAUUAGCCCGAUGCAACACUGCACCAAAGUACCCCUGCUACUCAGCAACAUCAUCAAGUACACGAACGACGAUGAAGAUAAGAGAGUCAUUCGCAUGACCAGCCAGAAACUCGAGGCUUCAUUGAAAAACUUGGAAGCGAAAAUGACUUGGCUGAAGAACUUUGAACGAAUGCAAGAAAUACAACGUCAAGUUAUCUGGCUACCCAUCACUGAGUUGGAACCUAAGUCAUACAUUCCUGAGUUCAUAAGACCGCUACUAAAUCAUCAGCCGUGUGAGAGAUUGCUCGCAAAUCCUACCAGACAGCUGGUACAUGAGGGUCCCGUCUGUCUGCUAGAAGUUUCAAAAACAGUUGACAUGUACAUGUUCCUCUUCGACGAUAUCUUAUUACUAACAAAAAUCAAGAAAGAAGUUGCCAGGCAACAACGAGGUGACGUCAUCGUGUUCCUCCUCGAAGAUUGGUGGAACGAAACUCGUGCCUGCAAAUUGGAUUUUGGCAACUUCUUAUCGAGAGAAAGAGUGUGUGUGGGAUGGGAUUAUUUUAAAAAAAAUUGUAAAAAAAAUAUACACAUACUCGAAUUGAAAGGAUUUUUUGAACACUUCGAACUUAUCCACGAUAAAAAUUGA